AUGGCAUCACAUGUGUUGCACUCGCUCAUAGACUACGCGUGCUUAGCGAAGCUUUCGAUCUUCGUGCUGUACGUUGAUCUCACGAAAGCGUUUGAUCGAGUUGUUCGGCAGCUCAUGUACGGUUGGGGUGACAUGCCUUCCUCUUCCCACCGGUCCCAUCUCCUCUCGCUCGGCGUGUCUGAGCCUGCUGCAGAUUGGAUGCUCGAGUACCUCUCGUCGCACGGCCAUCUUCUCCAGCAGUGGGGAGUGGACGAGACUGUACAGUUGGAUCAGAACAUCGAUGUCUUGCUGGAAGUGCUGUUUUCUACAUUUGAGAACUUGCACUUGCAGUUAAACGCCUCUCCUGGGAAGACCGAGGCUCUUCUAGAGUACCGCGGCCCGAAGGCCACCGCCCGGCGCGAAGCUCGCCGAGAUGCAACUGGCCAGUUGAGCGUGAAGGCCUGGGCGCAUCUCAUGCAUGACGAGGGCUCAUGGAAGGUGCUCGUGGACCGCAUCUUCUUCUGCGAUUCGGUGUGCGAUGCGACGGUCGCAAAGCUUGACGAGGUAGAUCGCGAACAGCGCAGGUCAAUCGUUGGCAGGUGGCGGCGAGAUGGGCUUCUCACCUUCGACGCGUUCGUGGGCAUCUUGGGGGGCAUUGUCAGCGGCUUCAGCGUGCUCAUGUCACGACACGUUUGCUGUAAGUGCGACGCGGUGAACAAGUGGCUCUUAGACAGUGAGGACGAGCACCCGAUGCUUGACGAGCUGGCGAAGUCCAGAGGCACGGCCGUUCAGCAUGGCACGAUACAUCGCCCCGUUGUCACCGACGAGUGCUUCGAGCUCAGAGGUCACGACAUGCUGGUAUUUGGCGAGGUAUCCAGUUCUUCGCUAACGAGCAAGGCGGAUUUCGAUUGCGUCUUGGGCAACGCCUGGGCAGAUCACUUCGGGAAGCUGGUUGCCGACGACAUUGGUUACGCUGAGGGCUGUUGCGAUCUCUUCAAGCAGGGGCAUGGCUUGGGAGCGGAUUUCUCGUCCCAGACACUGGAUGCCCGCCUGGCCCUUCUGGGGGCGGGCCUGGUCAGGCCGAGGAGGAGGACCAGGACCGACAGGGCCCGCCUGCGCGCCGCCGAGGGCGCGCUGGGCUCGCUGCCGCGGAGCACGAGCGGCCGCCUCUGCAGCGGCGACCCCCUGGCGCCCGAGGAGCUGGACGAGCUCGGUGGGCUGGCGCCCGAGGAGUGGCAGCGCCCAUACGCGCGGGCGGGGCGCAAGGGUGGGCUUCUGUCGGAGGAGCUGCUAGAGCUGGUGCGGCAGCCGAGGCUGGCCGAGGCGGGGGAGUAUCAGGCACCCCUGAAGCUCGUGGACACUGGCAGGAAGAACCCGGUGGAGGUGGCGAUCACGCCGCCGUCCGUGCUCCUGCACGUCUACAAUCUUAGCUCCAGCGUCGUGGCGGCGAACUCCCUACUCACGCUCUCUGUGGACGGCGGCGUGUUCCACGUCGGACUCGAGGUCUACGGCAGCGAGUUCGCCUACGGCGUCUGCGGCGUCUCGCACCUCCUGCCGCGCGCGGAGGAGGGCCACGUGUACCAGUGCAGCCUCCACCUCGGCGAGACGGCGCUGACCCGCGCCCAGUUCGCGGGCCUCCUCGGCGACGUGUGCCAGAGAUGGAGCGGGGCCGACUACGACGUGCUGGGGUGCAACUGCUGCUGCUUCUGCAGCCACAUGCUUGAGCGCCUCGGCGUCGGGCCGAUGCCGCUCUGGGUGGACCGCAUCUCCCGGCUCCUCCUGAGCGGGAGGGAGGCGGGCCGCGAGGCGGUGCUGGCCAGCAUCCAGGGCCUCCUGCAGGGCGGGGCCCUGGUGCGGCACGGGCUGGAGGCGCUCGCCGAGUCCGCCCAGCUGGCGCUCGACGGUCUCGACGGGGCCCUGGCGUUGAGCCUCGGCCUCGAGCCCGAGGCCCUGGCCUGCGACGCGGGCGGCCGCCGCCGCGGGGUGCAGGUGGCAUCGCCGCUGCCCGUCACUCGGCUCGGCGGCGCUUGA